UGGAGCCAGAUUUUAGUCAUCUUAGGAGAGAAGGGUUACAUGUUUGACAUAACAGAUAUCCAACAAAAGUGUUACAGAGUGUUAUUUUAGUAUCUCAAUCACAUAUGAUGGGAGGAUAUUAUUUUAUUUUAAUUUCACAUAUCACAAAAGUGUUAGUAUGCGAUAUUCUGAGCCACACUCCAUACCAGGUGUCCGAUAUGCCCAAUUUCGUUGCUUGCCAACCAUUAAUAAACCUCAGUAAAAGAAAGAAGAAGGAUCCCAGUCAAAUUAAAGAGUCGGUUGUUUGUGCCGAUUCGUUCGCUAACAACACAUCACUACAACACAGAAACAAAAUGGCGGCCGUGGCUGCAGAGCCCGGAGCUGCUCCGCUUUCCAAACCAGAUCAAGACCAGGGCACGGUGGAUCCGGAAGAUCCACUUGAUCCGGGUCCGGUGUGCCCUGGACUCAGAGCCCCUCUGGAGGCCCCAGGCCGGCCGGAAUGUGUCCCCGAGGAGCCCCAGGAGACCGGAGAGGAGAGCCGGGGGGAGGAGGGAGGACUAGGCCGCCAUGAAGGGCCGGAGCCUGAGCCCGCGGCGGGAACAGAGACAGAUCCGGGACCAGGACUGGCCGAGCCGGGACUCCCAGACCCCCAGCCCCCCGCCGUUUUCCCGCUCUCCGUGCCAGCACCGCAGACCCACACCGAGCCCGGCCUGAGCCUGGACGAGCCUGACACCCCGACCACCGGGACCACAGGGACUACCGAGGCUAUCGGGACCACCGACACCACGGAUCGGGCUGAGAACCGGGACUACAGGCUCCACACGGAGGAUCAGCACAGCCCAGGUCCUGGUCCGUCUGUGAAGGACCUGAGUCCCGGGGCUGAGGUCCGGGUCACUCUAGAUCAUGUGAUCGAUGACGCGCUGGUGGUGUCCUUCCGGUUAGGAGAGAAGGUGUUCUCAGGUGUGCUGAUGGACGUGUGUAAAAGGUUCGGACCGUACGGGAUCCCGAUCACCGUGUUUCCCAGGCGAGACGACCGGAGCGGUCCUCAGCUCUCAGUUUCAUCGGCGCAAGUUACCAGUGAUGACCAUUGCAUCAAAAAGGAAGAGGUCACUGCCCCCCCUCACCCGUGGAUCUCCAAACCACCACCACUGUUCCAGGAGGGGGCACCGUACCCCCCUCCUUUGUUCAUCAGGGACACGUACAACCAGGCCUUACCUCAGCCGCUGCCGCGUAAGAUCAAGAGACUGAAGCGGCGCUAUCGCUGUGAGGAGCCCACCUCCAUAAUGAACGCCAUCAAGCUCCGCCCCCGCCAGGUGCUCUGUGACAAAUGCAAAGGUGUGGUGUCCUCAGGGGGACACAGGGAGGCUCGGAGGGGUGCCGUUGACCUUAGGGGUGAGGAGGCAUCACGGCGGCGGCGAGCGGCAGAGGGGCCGAUCUCCUUGGAGGUCAAACGACUUAAAUGUGACGAGAAGGCAGGCCGUCCAGGCGCAGAGCGUCGCCCCACGUCCACAAUCCGUGUAACAUCAUCACCUGCUGCUGGCCGCAUGCUGAGGGGCGUGGCCUCUGCGGCAUGUCUGAACUCUAAGAAGGUUCUAAACAAACGACCUGCUGUUGACCGCCAAAAAGCUCGCCAUGUUCUCAACAAGUUGGCUCCAGCCCCCUCUCUUACCCCCCGCAGACUUAAAGACCAGAACCAGAGCCAGACUCUCAACCAGGACCAGGACCGGAUCAAGGCUGUUACCCGAGCCGCCACGCUUCAGAACCACAACCAGAAGGUCCACUUCACCCGGCGGCUGCAGCACCUAGGCCCUGCACCUGCCAGCCCCAGCAUGCCGCUCCCGCCAAGAAUGCGUCUGAAACCUCAAAGGUACCGUACCGACGAAGGCCAGGCUCCCCCCUCCUCCUCACCUCCCAAACAGAGUCCCAGAGCUCCACCUCCAAAGCCUGCUCUAAGCCCCACCCCCACCCCCCCACCCCCUCCAAUAGCCACACCUCCUUUAACAAGUACCACCCUGGUGACUCCAGAGCCCCUCCCCUCAGAGGAGAAGGAGGCGGAGCAGGUAGAGGAGCCCCCCCCACCGUCCUCCUCCUGCUCCUCCUCCUCCUCCUCAAUUGACUCUGCCCAAUCAGAGUGCAGCUCCACAGAGACCUUUGACCUCCCCCCUCCUGUAGCUCUGCCUCCAUCCUCCCCAGGUCCUCCAAACCCCCCCUCCUCCUGCCCCCCAGCCCUGCCCCUCAGAGCAGAGAGUGAGACCCAGAUGGGCAUGGUGGAUGGCAAGGAAGUUGGUGCAGUGGAAGUAGAGGAGACCAAGGUGCCCAUGGCAGAGGGCAAGGAGACCCAGGUGGGCGUGGCAGAGGGCGACCACGAUGGUGGCGACUUUAAGCGGCGGCGUAAGUCGUCUACGUCGUCGUCCUCUUCGUCCUCAUCUUCGUCAUCCUCGGUCUUCUCCAAACUAGUGUCUAAGGUCUCGCUCCCUGACGGUCGCUCUGUCUGUGUCGGCGACAUCGUCUGGGCCAAAAUCUACGGCUUCCCCUGGUGGCCCGCCAGAAUCCUCGCCAUUACGGUGGCCCGCCGCGGCGACACAGGGCUGGCGGUGCGGCAGGAGGCGCGUGUCUCCUGGUUUGGCUCUCCGACCACAUCCUUUCUGCCGCUUGGCCAGCUGUCGCCCUUCCUGGAGAGCUUCCAGUCUCGCUUCGACAGGAAGAGGAAGGGGCCAUACCGCCGCGCUAUUGCUGAGGCUGCCAGCGCCGCCAAACAGCUGACCCCUGAGGUCAGAGCGCUGCUGACACAGUUCGAGACGUAGCAGAGGACAAGGGGUGGCCCCUUGACACACCUGGACUGAUACCUGUCUGUUAGAGACAAGCCCCACCUCCUAACACACCUGGACUGAUACCUCUUUGUAAGAGACAGACAAGCCCUGCCUCCUAACACACCUGGACUGAUACCUGUUUGUUAGAGACAGAAAAGCACUGCCUCCUAACACACCUGGACUGAUACUGUUUGUUAGAGACAGAAAAGCACUGCCUCCUAACACACCUGGACUGAUACUGUUUGUUAGAGACAGAAAAGCACUGCCUCCUAACACAUCUGGACUGAUACCUGUUUGUUAGAGACAGAAAAGCACUGCCUCCUAACACACUAUGACUGAUCCCUUUCUGUUAGAGACACACAAGCCCUGCCCCCUAACACACCUGGACUGAUAACCAUCUGUAGAGACAAGCCUUCUCCAUAACAUAUUUGGACUGAGACCUGUUUGUUAGACACAGAAAAGCACUGCCUCCUAGCACAUCUGGACUGAAACCUGCUUGUUUGAGACAGAAAAGCAUUGCCUCCUUACACACCUGGACUCAGACCUUUCUGUGUGGGACAAGGCUGCUCCCUGGCACACCUGGACUAAUAACUUUCCAUAAGCGACAGGCAAGCCCGCACCCUAACACACCCAGACUGAUACCUGUCAAAGAGACAAGCCCACUCCUUGACAUCCCUAGACUGACACUUUUCUUUAAGAGAGACACGUUCACUCCAAGACACACCUGGACUGGUACCUGAACUGUCAGGGACAAGCCUGCUUCCUGACACACCUUGACUGGAACCAUACUCUAAGGGCCAACCACCAGCUACAAACACUUACGGACUGAUACCUGUCUGUAAGUGACAGACAAGCACCGACUCCAAAAACAACUGGACUGAAAACUGUUAGAGACAAGCCCUGCCUCCUCACACUCCUUGACUGAUAACUGUCUGUUAGAGACAAGCCCCUGCUCUCUUCUACACCUGGACUGAUUCCUAUUAGAGACAAGCCCUGCCUCCUCACACAACUUGACAGGUACCUUUCUGUUAUAGACAAGCCCCGCCUCCUAACACACCUUUACUGAUACCUGUCUGUUAGAAACAGGCCCUGCCUACCGCGUUGAUACCUGUCUGUGAGAGAUAAGCUCCACCCUUGGCACACCUGGACUGAUACUUGUCCCUAAGAGACAAACCCUGCCUUCUAACACAUCUGGACUAACACCUGUCUGUUAGAGACUGACAAGCCCCGCCUCCGGACACAUCUUGACUGAAACUAGUCUGUUAUAAACAGAUAACAAACAAGCUCCACUCCCAGACAUACCCUGACCGAUACGUGUAAGAGAGACAAAGCCUUCCCCCAACACACCUGGAUUGAUACCUGUCUUUUCGAAACGAGCUUUGCCUCCCCAACAAACCUGGACUGAUACCUGUCUGUUGGAAUCAAGCCCCGUCCCCUAACACACCUGGACUGAUAGCUUUGUUAAGGGGGAGGAGUUUUUUUAUUUACUGCCAGUGUGGGCUGGGCUUAUUCAGAGGCAGGUGUCAGUCAGCAGUUUUUGCACUUGUCACCAUGGUUACUGUCUAACCCUCCACUGAGCCUGAUGAUGUCAUCAGAUGGUUGUUCUGAUUUGAUCGUCCCCCAUGUUUUCAUCAUGGCGGUGGGGUGGACCAUGGUGACUCGCUGUAGUGUCACUUCCUGUUUCUGCUUUUUUUCUCUCUCUAAACUGUGAAACUCUAUGUGUGGUUCAAACUGAGGCCAGGGUCCCUCAGAGGGUCCACAGGUGACGGUCUACUGAUGCUCUCAGACUAUCAAUUCAUCAAUGUCUAUGCUAUCAGAUUGAUUGACAACAAUUCUCUCAGAACGAUCAAUCGCCAUACUUUCAGGCCAAUCAGUAAAUGUGCUUUAAGCCCAAUCAAUGUCUAUGCUCUCAGACCCACUAGUUUCUAUGCUCUCAGACUGAUCAAUAUCAAUGCUCUCAGACUGAUCAAUUACUAUGCUCUCAGAUUAAACAAUAUUGAUGCUUUAAGACUGAUUAUUCUCUAUUCUCUCAGACUGAUCAAUAUCGAUGCAAUGUCUAUAAUCUGAGACCCUUCAGUGUCUAUCCUCCCGGUCGAAUCAAUAUCUAUCCUCAGACUGAUCAAUAUCGAUCAAUCAAUGAUUUCAGACCAAUAAAUAUAAAAGCUCUCAGACCAAUCAGUGUCUAUGCCUUCAGACGGAUCAAUAGUAGUGCUCUCAGACAGAUCAAUUAAAAACUCCUAGAGUCGGAGGUCGGCACACAGACACGAAUACGUAGAGCUCCUAGAGUCGGAGGUCGGCACAGACAUGAAUACGUAGAGCUCCUAGAGUCGGAGGUCGGCACAGACAUGAAUACGUAGAGCUCCUAGAGUCGGAGGUCGGCACAGACAUGAAUACGUAGAGCUCCUAGAGUCGGAGGUCGGCACAGACAUGAAUACAUAGAGCUCCUAGAGUCGGAGGUCGGCACAGACAUGAAUACGUAGAGCUCCUAGAGUCGGAGGUCGGCACACAGACAUGAAUACAUAGAGCUCCUAGAGUUGGAGGUCGGCACACAGACAUGAAUACGUAGAGCUUCUAGAGUCGGAGGUCAGUAGGUUGUAGAUUCACUGUAGGAGUAGGUGUUACUCUGAGAUGCCAUGCCUCAGUUUGUCCACAUGAUGCUGACAGGUAGGACACACUGACUGUUAGACAGCUGCUCUCCUCUCCUGGUGACCACGACGACAACAAGGACGAUGAUUUUGACGAGGAUAAUGACUGAUGAUGAUGAUGAAGGUGGAUUUUCCCUCUCUGCUGUUUGUAGUUUCAGCUGUCAGACUCUUUUUACCGUCUGUUUGCAGAUCAGAGAUCGUGAGCUCAAACUGUUGGGAUAAAAAUACAACCUGUGUACAUGUUCUUUUUCUCAUGUUUUAAAUCUAUUAAAAAACUGUCAAACUUC